AGAAACCAAAUUGCAUCUUUUAUUUCUACAUAAGUAUAGUUUAAAGAUGGUGUCUACACCUUAUGCAUCGUUUAAGGUUCUUCUGGUAGUUUUUUAUAGCUCUUCUUUAUUCACAACCUCAAAGUCUAACCAGUCUCUCGAUAGCGUUUCUGAACCACCCCCAACAUUGCCUCCGUUUCCAUGCAACUGCAAGGACGGCAUAUCAGGAAGAGAUGGUAAGGACGGUAGGGACGGCUUGACCAUUGUGGGUCCACCUGGAUCCCCAGGAAAUAAUGGAUUGAAUGGAACGGACGGGAAGAAUGGUAGAGACGGUAAGGAUGGAAGGGAUGGGAGAGACGGAGAAAAGGGGGACCCAGGUUCUCCGGGUGAAAGAGGACCUCCAGGAGUAUGUGAUAUAGUGGAGUUAAACUUCAUAAAAGCUCAAAUUCGUGAUCUGGAACAGAAGCUUGAGAGAGUUAAUGAAACCUCAGAGACGAGACUCAAUAUUUUGGACGACAAAAUUGAUGCAAAAACAGCUGAGCUCCUGGCAAUUAUCCAGAUUGUCAAUGAAACGAUCAUUCCGGGGCCCCAGGGACCAAAAGGGCCUCCUGGAGAGAAAGGGCUUAAGGGUGACAAAGGGGAACCCGGACAGACAGGGCUACAAGGACCACAAGGGGAAGAAGGAAAGAUAGGACCAAAAGGAGAUAAAGGCGCUCCCGGUUUACUAGGACCCAAAGGAGACAAAGGCGAUAGUGUCACAUUGGAGGGCUGCACCCACGAAGUGAAAAGUUCUGCUUUAAGUUUUGAAAAUGGCCCCAAACAGGUUAAACUACAGGGACCUUCGCAGGGUUAUGUUUUAGUGGGAGUGACAUGCGCAGCCGAUAUAGGAGGGAUAGCUCAUCUUUUUUAUCAAAAUGCCGACAAAUCCUACUCGUGUCACUGCACUUUUCCAUCCACCUGUAGAAAGUCAAAUUCUGGACGGGACAGCAGACGUGAAAAGCGAAGUGUGCCUCAUAAAAACGAUAAGGAUCGGACAAAGGGUAAGCCACAGCAUGGACCGAAAGAGUGUUACCUCCAUUACUGGGAAUGCCCUUCUCUUUGAGACGUUGAGACGAUAUAUUUCGG